AAUGAGAGAAGUCUCGCAAAUGACAGACAAAGCCCCUCUGGGUGUUGUUUCAUAUUCAAAUUUCAAGGCAGAUAAGGAAGGACCCAAAAGAAGGGACAAAUAAAACCAUCGCACAAACAAACCCAUCACUUAAACCCAAAAACCAAAAACCACCUCACUCAGUUUUACUCUUCCAGAGCCAACAAUGGCGAACCUGAGGACGGCAAUGGACUCUGCCUUCUGGGACUUGAACGUUUCGUCACCUCACACCCUUGAGGGCUCAGCCAAGGCCAUCCCCGGCGACCCAUUUCCUAUCGACGGUGCUCGAGCCAGCCGAGUCCUCAGGAUUCAGCAACUAUCCCUUCUGGGAAAUGGGUUCCCUUUGGGUAUUAUACCUUCUUACUCUCCCACUUCUCACAAGGACUUGGGUUCUUUCUCUCUCCAGUCCCUCUUGCUCAGACCAGCUACCUCUAACUGGUGGCUUGGAUUAAUUGGGCAGUUCCGCCCUAAGAAACUUAUUUCUUCUAUUAAAGCUGAAUUUUCUACUAAUGAUGACAUGGAGGUUCCUACAUUCAAAGAUGUGGCAAAGCAUGUCUUGGACAAGUCACUUUAUUCGUUUGGGUUAUGCACACAGCUUCUUGUGGCUCCAUCAUCAUCCAUAAAGUUGAGCACAGAAGGGCAUGGUGAGAAAAAAGGACGCCGCAACAAAUUCAUGCUAUUUCACAAGCUUCCUUACCAUGAUAUUACACUUGAGGCUGCAUGGCCUGAGCUGUUCAUUGACCACAAGGGACAAUAUUGGGAUGUGCCCGAAUCAAUUUCCUUAGAUCUGUCUUCACUUGUUUCUGAAUCUGGAUUGCGUUACCGCAUUGGUAUACAUAAAAAUAGUGGUCAUCCCCAGGCUGUAAAUUCCAUAGAUGGUGAGGUACCUACUUCCCUAAUGCCUGGAUUGUGUGCAAAGGCUGCUUUUUCAUAUGAAAAGAGCCAAGACCUUUGGAGGCAAAAGGAGACAAAAAAGGAUGUUAUGGUAAAGAAAGACAAUGGUUGGUUUUGGCGGCCAUCGUAUGAUGUACGUCUUAAAGAACCUCAUGCUGCAGUGUCUGGAAUUUUUGGUGGCAGCUGCACAGCCUGGUUUCAGGAUGGUCACAGCCCAGUGGCAGUUGAAUUGAGGGGAGAUGAGGAUAAUUCUACAAGUACUAAGAAGAGAAGCCCAUUUAGUGCUGAUUUUUUCGGCUCAGUCUGCUAUAGUUUCCAGCAUGGAAAAUUUAGAGAGCUGUAUGGUGAUCUGACCAGGAUAGAUGCUCGCCUGGAUAUCUGUUCAGCUUCAGCUUUGGCUAAAAGGGUUAUUAAUGGUUUGAAGAGUUCAUCUGCUAAUAGUGCCAGAGAUCCCAUGUCCUCCCCUAGGAUCAAUCUAAUCUUUCAGCAGCAGGUUGCAGGGCCAAUCGUCUUUAGAGUGGAUUCCAGGGUUUCACUCGACUCCUUGCCUGGGAAACGUGGCCCACAUAUUGAGGAUUUCAUAUACAGCUUGAACUACUCCUUGAGACUUCUACGAUCAGGGAAGGUUGUCGCUUGGUACUCCCCGAAAAGAAAAGAGGGGAUGAUUGAGUUGCGCGUAUUUGAGUUUUAAUUUCUGAAUUUUUAUUUCCUUUCUUUUGGAUAUGUUUGUUUUGAUUAAAUCCCAUUUUUUUUAAAAAUGAAAUUAGCUAGACAGUAGAAAGUGAAUGAAGGCUUCCAUAUCUUUUAGUGACUACUAA